GACAUGUUUUCGGCCCGAGACAGCACCGACCCUACCACCGAAGUGGACAGCCAAGAGAUUGCGUCCAAGUGGAAGGGACUACUCGUCGCGGCGCUCAAGAAGGUCCAGUGCCAGGUGCACCCGACCCUGACAGCCACGGACGACGCACUGGAGUAUGUGGAGUCCCUGGUGCUGCGAUUGCUGGGAACCCUGUGCCUGGGGCGCCCCCACUCGGUGCAGGACGUGGAGGAGCGGGUGGUGCGCCUGUUCCCCCACCCCAUCGACCAGUGGGCCAUCCGGGACGCCCAGGCUGCCCUCGAGAGGGGCCGCCGGAGGUCCUCUCUAGUGCUGCCCCUCGACAAGGUGCAUCCACUCCUCCAGAAGGUGCUUGGCUACCGGCUGGACCUGCAAGUGAGCCAGUACAUGGUGGCGGUGCUGGAGUACAUUGCGGCUGACAUUCUCAAGCUAACGGGCAACUAUGUCAAGAACAUCCGGCAUGCGGAAAUCACCUGCCAGGACUGCCGCGUGGCCAUGUGUGCCGACAAGGUGCUCAUGGACAUGUUUCACGGGGAGGAGCUCGCAACGGCGGAAGAGGAGUCCCCCGGCGGCCGUCCCCCGCUGUCCUACGACGAGGAGGUGAAGGACCUCAUCUCGGAGGAGCGGCAGCACAUCCGGGAACUCAACAUGGUCAUCAAGGUCUUCCGGGAACCACUCGACAAGCUCUUCCCAGGAAGCAAGGAUCUGGACGUGAUCUUUGGAAACGUGUCGGAGGUGUACGACUUCAGCGUCUCCCUGCUCGGUUCUUUCGAGGACGUCGUGGAGAUGACGGACGAACACCAGAGCCCUGCCAUCGGCUCCUGCUUCUACGAGAUGGCCGAGUACGACGAAUUUGACGUCUACGAGGACUACGCACGGACGGUGCUUUCGCCUGACUGCCGGGAAAAGUUGUCUCAGUUGCUACAGCAGCCCGACGUGGCCAACUCCCUUCAGACGGCUGGACACGGUUUUCUGCUGGCGGUGAAGUAUGUCCUGCCUCGACUGCUCUGGGGCCCUGUUGCCCAUUGUUUCCAGUAUUUCGAAGCCAUCAAGGUCCUGCAACAGAUGGCUCCGUCGGAAGAGGACCGGGAGACGCUGGAGCAGGCAGAGGGACUGCUCCGGAGGCUCCGAACCCAGCUGACGCGCACCUGCUCCGACACCCUGCCCCGCAAAAGGCCCGGGGACGUUUCCCUACGGAUGCACAGCCGGGACCGCCGUGCGGUGGCCCUGCACAAGCUCAAGGAGCUCCAGAAGUCCGUGGACGGUUGGGAGGGUCGGGACAUCGGCCAGUGCUGCAACGAGUACCUGAUGGAGGGCUCCCUGGGGAAGGUGGGGUCGGGGCGGCGGCUGACGGAGCGGCACCUGUUCCUCUUCGAUGGCCUGGUGCUCCUGUGCAAGCACAGCAGCAAGCGGUCCAGCGUCACGGGCGGUCCGACGCCCGAGUUUCGGCUCAAGGAGUGCUUCUUCCUCAGACGGAUAGAGAUCGUCGACAGGGAGGACACUGAUGAAAUCAAGCAUUCCUUUGAGAUAGCGCCGAGAGACGCUCCACGGAUCCUCCUGUAUGCCAAGAAUGCCGAGGAGAAGUGCAGCUGGAUGGCGAACCUGGUCAUGCUGAACAUGCGCAGCAUGCUGGAACGCACCCUGGACAGCAUCCUGUCAGAUGAAGAGAAGAAACAUCCUCUUCGCCUUCCUGACAACUACAGGUUCUCCCUGGAGGACUCGGAGGACCACGUGGUGUUUGAGGAGAGCAAGACCAAUGCCGGGGUGCCCCUGAUCAAGGGAGCCACGCUGCUGAAGCUGGUGGAGCGGCUCACGUACCACAUGUACGCGGACCCCAUGUUUGUGCGGACAUUCCUCACCACCUUCCGCUCCUUCUGCCAGCCCCACGAGCUCCUGGACCUCCUCGCCGAGAGAUUCGAGAUCCCCGAGCCCCCGCCACCACCACUGGCCGACCAGGCGGAGGGUGCCGAGGCGGAAGCGGCGCGCAACCUCCACCGAGAGUGUCUCAAGCGCUUCCGCAAGGAGUACAGCCAGCCUGUCCAGUUCAGGGUGCUGAACGUGCUGCGCCAUUGGGUGGACCACCACUACUACGACUUCGAGAGGGACGCCAGCCUGCUGGAGAAGCUGCGUGGCUUCCUGGACCGGGUCAAGGGCAAGAACAUGCGCAAGUGGGUCGAGUCCAUCAACAAGGUCGUCCAAAGGAGGAGCGAGCAGCAAGACGAGCCUCGGGAGAUCACAUUCAGCUACGAAAAGAGUCCGCCCCACAUAGAAUGGUUCCUGUGCAGCACUCCAGACAAGUUCGACAUUCUCACUCUGCACCCCAUCGAGAUCGCUCGGCAGCUGACCCUUCUGGAGUUCGACCUGUACCGGGCAGUCAAGCCCUCGGAGCUUGUCAACGCUGCCUGGACCAAGAAGGACAAGCACAAGACCUCCCCCAACCUGCUCAAGAUGAUCCACCACUCGUCCAAUUUCUCGUUCUGGCUGGAGCGGUGCAUAGUGGAGACGGACAACUUUGAGGAGCGCGUGGCGGUGGUGUCUCGGAUGCUGGAGGUGAUGCUUGUCCUCCAGGAGCUGAACAACUUCACGGGCGUCUUUGCAGUCUCCAGCGCCAUGUCCAGCGCCUGUGUCCACCGGCUGGAGCACACGUCAGGCGCCAUCAAGUGCAAUCUGAAGAAGGCGCUGGACGAGGCCUUCGACCUCCAGUCGGACCACUGCCGGAAGUACCAGGAGAAGCUGCGCUCCAUCAACCCGCCCUGCGUGCCGUUCCUGGGCAUGUACCUGACCAACAUCUUGCACAUCGAGGAGGGCAACCUGGACUUUCUGCCCAACCACGAGGGCCUCAUCAACUUCAGCAAGCGCCGCAAGGUGGCCGAGAUCACCGGGGAGAUCCAGCAGUACCAGAACCAGCCCUACUGCCUCACCAGCCAGGCGGACAUACGGCAAUUCCUGGAGAGCCUGAACCCCCAGGAGAGCUUGACGGAGAAGGAGUUCAACGACUACCUGUACGCCAAGUCCCUGGAGAUCGAACCCCGGGGCUGCCGGCAGCCACCCAAAUUCCCCCGCAAGUGGCCAGACCUCCCGCUCAAGUCGCCCGGGAUCAAGCCGAGGCUGACGCGGUCGGGGGGCAGCCACCAGGUGCUGCCCUCCUGGGGCGGUGCCCCUGCACCCCCGUCGGAGGGGGAGGACGCCACGCCCCCCACCAGCCCCUCCACCCCGCUGACUCCGCCCUACGGGGCGUCCCUGCACAGCGACAGCAGCGUCUUCGCCCCCGUCCUCAUCGGCGCGGCGCUGUCAUCUCCCGUUGCACCGUCGGCCCCGCCCUCCCACCCGCCCCCUCCGCCCCCACCCAACCUGUCUACCCUGGCCCCCCUGUUGCCCCCACCGCCCCUGCCACCGCGUAAGAAGCGGGAAUCGUCCACUUCCUCUUCGUGCGACCCCUCUUCGCCCACCGGGACCAUCUUCUUUAUGGAACCCCCAGAGGAGGCUCCGCCCCUGCUGCCCCCCAGGGACCCGACGCUAUCCAGGGAACCGCCCCCUCCACGGGACCCGUCACCCCCGCCCCCCCUCCCGCCCCGGCGGGACGGGGGCUGGACCCUCCCGCGCACCCCUCCGAGGGGGGCGGAGCAGCGGACUCUCUCCCGCCGCAACUCCGCCCACAACGGAGACCUGGCGGCGCUCUUGGGGGCAGGACCCGGCCCCGCCCCCAGGAGGGAGCUGGGGCCAGUGUCUCCGCCCCCACUGCGACCGCCUCCGUCCAGCACUCCACAGCUGCCCCCCAAGACCCACAGGCAGCCACAGCUCGUGGUGAACCACAACGCCAGGUAGCCCCGCCUACCUACUGUGGAAUGCUCUGCCCCCUCCGGAAUGCCCCGCCCCCUUCGGGGGGGACGCUUCGACGUGAGUGGACCAACCAACGCCCCCGCGGGUUGCCAUGUUUCCGGAGGGUGUCUGCCAGCGGCGGAAAUCCCGGCCCCCCCCCCCCCCCCUUCCCCCCACGGGACGUCCCGCCCCCCUCCCCUGUCGCGACGUGCUCCAAUCCUGGUGGAGCGGGCGGGGUGCCUCCCCCUCCUCGGUGUACAUAGCCCAGUGCCUGCGAAUUGGUGGGACCGGAGCCCGCUUGUGAUUUGUUUUUCCCGUUUGGGAGAGGACACGGAAAGUGCGCCGUUUGCAUGGAACGCAGGUAAUUUAUUUGCCCAAAUAAAAAAAAAAGGGGCGGCGACCA